CCCGCCACCGUUUAGAGAGAGAGGGAAAAAACGAUGCUCCUAUGUGAUCUUCAUAUGUAAAUGUCCGUGGACGAGAAAGAGGAGGGGAGAUGAUAGCACCAGGCGCAACAUAGCACUUACCUGGCUUGGUCUUUUUCCAUCCUUGUUUUAUUUUUUUAUUUCACGUUUUUUUUUUUUUUUUUUUGUGUUCCUUCUGUGUGCUUUCGGUGACGUUUCGGGGGGCCUGCAUGCGGUGACCGGCGGGAAUGUGUGACGACCAUGCUGGUGGUAAGGUGCUUCUUGCUCUUUGCUGCAGUGGGCGAGCGGCUGGCGGUGGCAGGUGCAAACGGGAGCCCAGGCCAGGAUGGAACCACCUGGGAUCGGUCGUCAUGGUCCGGGCAGAGGGCGGAGGCCAGCGACACGGCGGCCCAGGUGACCUAUCCCAAACGUCUGGUGCAGAGGACUGAGUCGGAGCAGGAAAUGGUUCACGGGCACCUGGACACCAGAGUGAAAAAUAACACACAACACACCUCGGUCGUUCACGUGGCGCAGAGCUGUUUCCAGGUGGAAGCCUUCGGACGUACAUUCACGUUGGACCUGGAACUCAACCAUCACCUGCUGUCCUCGGACUACGUGGAGCGCCAUUUCACGCCGGACGGCCGACCCUUGCAGUCACUGGGAGGGGAGCACUGCUACUACCAGGGAAGGUUACGAGGUGUGCCGGAAUCCUGGGCAGCCCUCUCCACCUGCCACGGCCUGUGUGGGAUGUUUUCCGAUGGCCUCUUCUCAUAUGGGAUUGAGCCUGUUCACACUGACAACAAUGAGGAAAAUGGUGCCCACCUGAUCCAGAGGAUGUCCGAUUUCAGGCUCUCCCCACAAUGCACAGAUUGCACAGAGGACAACGAGUGGGAUGGCAGAGGAGGUGGUGAAGACCAAAGGGGGGCACCGAAGCAACAGCAGGAGGCGUCGGGGGUGGUGUUAAGGCGAUCCAAGAGGUUUGCACGCAGACCUUCCGUGCAGACCGAGACCAAAUAUAUCGAGUUGAUGGUGGUCAACGACAACGACUUGUUUGUACAGCUGCGACGCUCCGGCAGCCACACGAAAAACUUGGCCAAAGCGGUGGUCAACAUGGCGGAUGCGCUCUACAAGGAGCAGCUUAACACAAGGAUUGUGCUGGUCGCCAUGGAGACGUGGACCCCAAAGAACAUGGUGCCGGUAGUGGAGGACCCUAUGACCACGCUGCAGAACUUUAUGAAGUACAGGCGGGACAAUAUCCGCGAGCAGAGCGACGUUGUCCAACUUUUCUCAGGACGCACAUUUCAGAGUGGCCGCAGCGGGAUGGCAUACACGGGAGGAGUGUGCUCGCCGACGAGGGGAGGGGGCAUCAAUGAGUUUGGGACUGUCGGCACCAUGGCCAUCACUUUGUGCCAGAGCCUGGGCCAGAACAUUGGGAUGAGGUGGAACAAUGCACGUAACUCUGCAGGAGACUGCAGGUGCCCUGACACCUGGCUGGGUUGUAUUAUGGAGGACACUGGAUACUAUCUGCCGCGGAAGUUCUCUCGCUGCAGUGUGGAUGAAUACAUCCAGUUCUUGCUCCAGGGAGGCGGCAGCUGCCUCUUCAAUAAGCCCAACAAGCUGCUGGACCCUCCAGAAUGCGGCAACGGCUUUGUAGAACCUGGUGAAGAGUGUGAUUGUGGAUCGCAGGUGGAGUGUGCCCGCAGUGGAGGAGCCUGCUGUAAAAAAUGCACACUCACGCACGACGCCAUGUGCAGCAAUGGACUGUGCUGCAGUGGCUGUAAGUACGAGCUGAGAGGCGUGGUGUGUCGAGAGGCUGUCAACGACUGUGACAUCCCAGAGACUUGUACUGGAGACUCCAGCCAGUGUCCUCACAAUGUCCACAAGUUGGAUGGCUACUCAUGUGAAUCUAAUCAAGGUCGCUGUUAUGCCGGACGGUGUCGCACUCGAGACGGACAGUGUAGGGGGCUCUGGGGGUUCAACUCAGCAGACAGGUUUUGUUAUGAGAAGCUCAACGCUGAGGGGACCGACAAAGGGAACUGUGGUCGGGGUCCCGGCGGCCAAGGCUGGCUUCAGUGCAACAAGCCGGAUGUUUUGUGCGGCUUUCUGUUCUGUGCCAACAUCAGCACAAAACCAACAUUUGGGGACCUUCAAGGCGAAGUGACCAGCUUCACCCUCUACCACCAGAACAAGUACCUGGACUGUCGGGGCGGCCACGCUCUGCUGGAGGAUGGCUCCGACCUGGGCUACGUGGAGGACGGCACUCCCUGCGGGCCCAACAUGAUGUGCUUGGAGCGACGCUGCCUCCCGGUGGCGGCCUUCAACCUCAGCAGCUGCGCGGGGUCCAACAUGGGACGCAUCUGUUCUGACCACGGGACGUGCAGCAACGAGGUGAAGUGCAUCUGCGACAGAGACUACACCGGCAAGGACUGCAGCGUCUUUGAUCCCAUUCCCGAGCCCACUGUCCUGACGGGCCCGGAAAAGAAAGAAACAUUCGUAGAGGAAGGUCUGGUGGAGGAUAAGAUGUUCAUCAUUAGUCUCUGUGUCCUGCCCACUUCCUGUCUUCUUCUUUUCUCCUUGGUCGCACGGUGUCCUCGUCCACGUUGGAGGCACAAAAAAGGAACAACAACAACAAAAUGUCUUCCACUCCUGUUCCUGUCUCUCCAGUCCUCCUUUCAUUGUCACCCUUCGUCCUCUUUCCUUCUUUACUGUGCGAUCACACCGGGGUCGGGGUCUUCCUCAAACAUCAGGAUUACGGAAAGCAAAUCAGCCAAGAUGUCUGCACUGCCUGCCUGGACCACAGACUUCUUUUAAUGCCAUUUUUAAUAGCUCGAUGUGU